UUCGAACAAAAAUCGACCUCAUUCUCCAGACGAGAAGAGUUGUAGAAUUAUUAGCGAUUAGUGGCAGGCAUAUCCACCUACGCUACCGCACACACUCCUCCCCCCACCGACGUACCUGACAGCUGCGUCCGCCGUAUUCGAAUCCCGUCCCAUGAGCGAAGGGCUCUCACCGCCGAGGAAACGCGCGCGUCUCCGUGCCGAAGAAGAGACUGCCGCGACGACGCGUCCAUCCGACCAGGAGGCUGCCGCCUUUGUUGGUAGCAUGCCCACUGACCCGCAGGAGGUGCCAGAACACCGUGGAAGACUCGCCAUGUCGUCCUUUCUGCUAAUGGCGCGCGGGCGGCUCGACGCUCAAAUGCCGGCCGAGGUGCUCGCCGAUCCGACGUCCCCAGAGGCGCUUUCGGCCGCUGCUGGCGCGCUCGAAGCGCUUAGUAGUAGUGUCGUGCCUGUGGAUGAACCAAUGCCCAUGGCUGUGGCUGUAGCCGCCGAGGAGUCGACAACCGACGACGAAGAAUUGCAACAUUUCUCUAUGGUCAAAUUGGAACCCAUGAUGGGCGUACCGGAAGGCUCAGUAGCCGUGGAGCUCUUGUACGAGGAUGUGGUAAACUUCCUUUUCAAUAUGGCAAGAGAGCAGAAGACACAGCAGCUCCACAAGGGCAUGCGGACUGUCAGGAAGGCCAGGAACGCCGACGAGCUGCUCCCGAGGCUGCUUACGGCCGAGGAUGAGACAGGCUUGACGCUGCUGAUGAUCGGCGUGCGCGGCAAUGACCGUGUGCUGUGUAAUAUGCUGCUAGAUGCCGGAGCCGACGUGAACUUGAAGACCGAGAAACGCACCUAUGCUCUGCUGCUUGCGGCCCAGAAGGGCUGGGAGGACAUGACGAGGUUUCUGCUCGAGCGCGGCGCCAACGAAGAGUCGAAGAACAUGGCUCUUAUCCCGGCCGCUCAUUUCGGGCAUUUGCCAGUGGUUCAGAUGCUUCUGGAGACCGGGGGCAACCACAACUAUGCCAAUAAGAAAGGCACGACUCCGCUCAUGCGUGCGGCCCAGGAAGGACGCGAAGGGGUGGUCAAGUUUCUCAUUAUCAAAGGGGCCGAUACAUGCGCGGCGAACAACGAAGGCAUGACGGCGCUUAUGCUUGCAGCGCAGCGGGGCCACGCGACUAUUGCCACGGCACUUAUGAAGUCCGGCUCGAAUGUGAACAAACAGACGCGACAAGGCAGCACGGCGCUGCUGCUUGCAGCUAAACGUGGCCACACCGCCGCAGUGGAAGCGCUGAUGACGGCUGGCGCGGAUAUCUUCCUUAAGGACGAUCGAGACAAGACGGCGGCCGAGACAGCUCAACGACGAGACCACGUGGACUUGGUUUUUGAAGAUUUCGGUGCAGAACCAACUCCGUCUAAUGCGCGAAGACCUCCGACGACAGAGGUGCUACUCCCUAAUGCGCUUAUCGACGCUGUACGUGCUAUCGCGCGCGGAGCUGGCGCCGGCGUUCAAACAUCAGAAGCGACAGCAGUUCAAUGCUCUAAUGGACCGAACGCUGCGCUUACCCAAGCCGCUACUGCAGAAUAUCGCGCUGUUCCUGCCGCUUUGCCGCAUGUGGGAUCGUCAGCUGCGCUAUCUAAUUUACGAGGCGGCGCCGCAGCCCAACCGCGUGGUGCAGCAAGGUAUCCGCAUCUUGGAUGAGGUGCUGCUGAGCGUGAGCCUGGAGCUGCGACCAAGUCUGCACCGAAUUAAGCAAGAGUGUGGCGGGCCGCUGCAUGUGACCGGCCAGCUUGGACUACUACGCGACAGUCCGGAGUACCGCUGCCUGUUCACGAUGGAGUGCCGGACGCCCAUGUCUCCGCGAAUGUUGCACCAAUUGAGACGUAUGGCUGAUAUCCAGGGCGCGCUGUCCACGUAUGCCGCCGGCUCUGCGAUCCAGUUCGGCGUGGAAGUAGCCCAGGACGUGGUGUCGCUGCUCACGGACCUGCUGAACUGGGACACUGGCCGAAGACAAGCCGAGCUGAUGGGUUGAAGACUGCAGGCGGCAGGACGCCCUUGGUAUAAGUAACGAAGCGAGAAAGUUAGGUACUAGUAAAUGACAGGAGUUGCAGUAAAAUUGCAGUCCAAUAUG